AGCCAGUGUAGUCGUUACGCUGCUGGGUGUCUAGCUGGCUUUCCAGCUUCCGUGGGUCCAUUUCGGGGACGAUGCUGCGGUCACCCACAGGAUCCGUUUUGUGGAACCCUUUGGUUGUCGGCUAAAGGGGGGGAUUUGGCUGCCGUGCACGGCGGGCCGGCUAGCGUCCCCGUCGCCCCCUUAUCCUUUAACGUCGGUGGCUGAUAGGGUGUGUGCGCCCGAUGCGGCCAUGCAAAGACUUAGUUGCAUGAUUGAAAAACAUACAAUUUUCUUUCGAGAAUUUAAUGCUUUAAACAGUAAAAAAGAAAUGCAUCGGAGUCUUCCUGAUGACAAGAGCAGUGGCUGUUGGCUAUUACAUUUUUUCGAGAGAGACUUGUUUCGUGGCCGCGAUCCCAUUCAGUGGUGAUCGGAAUAUAUUUUCCCCCAUCGUCGGUGGUGGCUGGCGUUUUCAGCCCCGUCCGAGAUCAAAGAUCAGCAAGCGUCCCGGCAGCCGGAGCGAAGCACACCGUCUAGAAGAGGAAAAUGAGUGAACUGGACCAGCUACGCCAGGAGGCUGAGCAGCUCAAGAACCAGAUCCGAGAUGCCAGGAAAGCUUGUGCAGAUGCUACCUUGUCUCAGAUCACGGCAAACAUCGACCCCGUCGGGCGGAUCCAGAUGCGCACCAGACGAACGCUGAGGGGACAUCUGGCCAAAAUCUACGCCAUGCACUGGGGCACUGAUUCUAGACUCCUAGUCAGUGCUUCCCAGGAUGGUAAACUGAUCAUCUGGGACAGCUACACUACAAACAAGGUGCACGCCAUCCCACUGCGUUCCUCCUGGGUCAUGACCUGCGCGUACGCCCCCUCCGGGAACUACGUGGCAUGUGGUGGUCUGGACAACAUCUGCUCCAUCUACAACCUGAAGACUCGCGAGGGCAAUGUCCGCGUGAGCCGCGAACUGGCCGGACACACAGGUUACCUGUCCUGCUGUCGUUUCCUGGAUGACAGCCAGAUUGUCACCAGCUCUGGCGACACCACCUGCGCCCUGUGGGACAUCGAGACUGGGCAACAAACGACCACCUUCGCUGGCCACACCGGUGACGUCAUGAGCCUCUCUCUGGCGCCCGACUCCCGGCUAUUCGUGUCCGGCGCCUGCGACGCCUCCGCCAAGCUGUGGGACGUGCGGGAAGGCAUGUGCCGGCAGACCUUCACCGGCCACGAGUCCGACAUCAACGCCAUCUGCUUCUUCCCCAACGGCAACGCCUUCGCCACGGGUUCAGACGACGCCACCUGCAGGCUCUUCGAUCUCCGCGCCGACCAGGAGCUGAUGGUGUACUCGCACGACAACAUCAUCUGUGGCAUCACCUCUGUGGCGUUCUCCAAGAGCGGCCGGCUGCUGCUGGCCGGAUACGACGACUUCAACUGCAACGUGUGGGACAGCCUGAAGGCUGACCGUGCAGGUGUCCUGGCUGGCCAUGACAACCGCGUCAGCUGCUUGGGCGUCACCGACGAUGGCAUGGCAGUGGCCACCGGGUCCUGGGACAGCUUCCUCAAGAUCUGGAACUAAAGCUUGCAGACAGCAUCCGGACUCCAAAGUUGACUGGAACUCCAUUCCAACAUCAAAAUGUUUAAAUUUCAUUGCAUAUCUCAAACACCACAAUGAAACUGACUCAAACAUCCCCAAAACCACAAAAAAGGGCAAAAUGACACCUUUCUCAUUUACAAACAAAAAGAGCACAAUUAUUUAUCAGUUGGCUAUAAGAGAAAAUUAACCGAAGAAUUGUGGUAUAGAAUGAAAUGAAGUUGUGCACUUCCUCCAGGGACCAUUCUAUGAUAGCGUCUUGAAAUCAGAAACACAAACACUAUACCCCCCGUGCAAAUGUAUCAUGUAUCUUCAGUUCAAAUGUUUGAGUGAAAGUAAUUAUGGAAAAAUCUAACUUGAUAGUUUUUUAGUCUUUUUUGUUUGGGUUUUUUUUUUGUUCAAAGAAUUUAGAUUGAACUGAUGGCUUCUUUAAACGAGGAUUAAAGGCUUUUCUUUUAUGUCCUAGUCUGUGGAGAUUUUAGAACUGAGAUUGUAGAUUGAAAAUAAAAGGUAUCACUUGC